AUGAAGGGUCUUUUUCUUCCCCUGGCCUUCGCCACCUCCGUGUUCUCCGGCCUGACCGCCGCGCGGCCGGCGCCAGCUCAACCGCUGGAGGAGCGGGUGACAACUUCAGUAGUCACGCCCCAGGGCACGCUCAUCGGCUCUGUGAACCUCCUGGUGGAGAACUACGGCGGCAUUCCCUUCGCCGAGCCGCCGACGGGAAACCUGCGUCUGAGGCCGCCGCAGAGGCUCAACACCUCCCUCGGCACCUUCGACGCCACGGGGGACGGCCCGUCGUGCCCGCAGAUGUAUUUCUCUACGGACGGAGAGCUCCUGACCUCCGUCCUCGGCACCUUAAUCGAUACGCCGCUGUUUCAGACCGUGACGGACACGACCGAGGACUGCCUGACCAUGCGGGUGCAGCGUCCCGUCGGCACCGCCGCGGACGCGAAGCUGCCCGUCCUCUUCUGGAUCUUCGGCGGCGGUUUCGAGCUUGGCAGCCCGCAGAUGUACGACGCCUCUGGCCUCAUCUCGAACGGUAUUCUCCAGGGCAAGCCGUUCAUUUUCGUCUCCGUCAACUACCGCGUCGGCGGGUUCGGCUUCAUGGCCGGCAAGGAGAUCCUGGCGGAUGGAGCUUCCAAUCUGGGCCUUUUGGACCAGCGCAUGGGACUAGAGUGGGUUCAGGACAACAUCGCUGCCUUUGGAGGCGACCCGGACAAGGUGACCAUCUGGGGAGAGUCGGCCGGUGCCAUCUCUGUCUUUGACCAGAUGGCGCUCUAUGGGGGCGACAACACGUACAAUGGCAAGCCCCUAUUCCGUGGGGCCAUUAUGGACAGUGGCAGCAUGGUGCCGGCAGAUCCUGUCGACUGUGCUCGCUCCCAGGGCGUCUACGAUCAAGUCGUCAGCGAAGCUGGGUGCACCGGCUCUGAUGACACUCUACAGUGUCUCCGCGAUGUCGACUACGACACCUUCCUCAAUGCUGCGAAUAGCGUGCCUGGUAUUAUCAGUUACAGCUCUGUCGCUUUGUCGUAUGUGCCACGACCGGACGGCGUUGUUCUGCCCGACAGCCCCGACGUCCUAGCUGCUACAGGUCAAUACGCAGCGGUGCCGAUGAUCAUCGGCGACCAAGAAGACGAAGGGACGCUCUUCAGCCUGUUCCAGUCAAACAUUACCACCAUAGACGAGGUCGUCGACUACCUGUACGAAUACUUCCUCUCGUCAGACGCCACGCGGGACCAGGUCGCAGCCCUUGUCGCCACAUACGACCCGGCCCUGAGCGCCGGCAGUCCCUUUAGGACCGGUAUCCUUAACAGCCCGUACCCGCAAUUCAAGCUGCUCGCGACCAUCCUCGGCGACGUCGUGUUCACUCUCAUGCGGCGGGCCUUCCUCACAACGACGCUGGCAGCGAACCCGGACGUGCCGGCGUGGUCGUAUCUCUCGUCAUACGAUUACGGCACGCCGAUCCUCGGCACGUUCCACGCCUCGGACAUCCUGCAGGUUUUCUACGGGCUGCUGCCCAACUACGCGAGCAAGGCCACGCAGAGCUACUACAUCUCGUUCCUGUACACGCUGGACCCGAACCAGGGGACCAGCGACGACAUCGCGGAUUGGCCGCAGUGGAGCGAGAACCAUGACCUCGUGCAGCUCCAGAUCGCCGGGAGCAAUUUGCUCGCUGAUGACUUUAGGCAGGAGAGCUACGAGUACAUCGCGGCAAAUACGGCGAUCUUGCGCAUUUGA